ACCUCCAUCAUGGCGUCUGGAGCUGGAAGCAAGAAGAAAGUCAAAGGCGCAAUGGAUCACGAGCAGAUUAUACUGCAGUUUAAUCAGAUGAGGCAGGAGUAUAGGCGUAUUGUGGGGAAAAUAGGAGAGCUUGAAAUGGAAGUCAAUGAGCAUGGCAUUGUGAUUGAGGCAUUGAAAGGCGUAGAGACUGAUAGGCGUUGCUUCCGAAUGAUUGGUGGAGUAUUGGUGGAGAGAACGGUCAAGGAUGUUCUACCAGCACUAGAAAACAACAAAGAACAGAUAUCAGGCGUCAUUAACAAGUUAAAAGACACUCUUGCUGCUAAAGAAAAAGAACUUACAGCAUUUAAAGACAAACACAACAUCCAUGUCAAGGGAGAGAGAGAAAGUCAAGCAGAGGAUUCAGUUCAGACAGCUGAUAAGACCUCAGGAGUUCUGGUGGCACAGGACAAUUCAUAAGAUUUAGGAACAAUAUUUAUUGAUGCUCCAACACACGGAAAGCUUCAGUGGACGUGCUGACCAGUGUAGGAAGCAUUUAACAGACCACUUUUGUAAAUGGCUGCCAGAUUAAUAUUCUUUUGUUUAAAUUUAAAUUAGCCCUAGUGGCCUCGUUCUCCAGUGCAAAACU